CUGAUUUGGGGGGUCUGAACGGGAAAAAACGGACCUGUAUUUUGGACGUACUGGUGUUAGACAAACGCUGUAAAGAGUUCCAGGAUAACUUUGGACACUGGAAACUUUUCUUAGAUUUCAUUCGUGAGGUUUUCCCUCCCAUUACGGACUGGGUGCGUUUCUGAUUUACUGAUUCAAACCCGGUUGGUUUGUUCUGAGACUCCGACGCUGCUGCUGCAUCAGGUUUCACUUUUUUAGGUCAAACUUUUGUAUUUCUUGUUUUUGAAGUCUUUCACUUCUUGAAACUUUAAAGGGGAACUUCACACAGAAAAGACAAGUCUAAAUAAUAAUAAUAAAAGCAGGACCCAAGCCAAGGAAACACAUCUGCUCAGACGCAACUCCUUCGUUUGUUCGUGUUUUGAUUUCCGAGACGGAGCGAUGCGCUGAACCGACAACGAACCGACUCCUCGUUACCUGGACUUAAUACCGAUACAGUGGUAAAGAGAUUCUCAGCGAACCGGGUGAAGAUGGAUCUCUUCAAAUGUGUCCUGCUUUUUGUGGUUUUAAUCGCACUGCUAUACAUUAAAGAAGCCGAAUCUGUCUCAGGGCUACGCUUCAUCCAUAGUCCAGGAAAUGUAACAUCAUCCUUGGGGAAACCAGUGACCAUGAAGUGCAACCUUCAGGGUGAUGGAGGAGACGACGAUCCUCCCGAUGUACUGUGGUUGAGAGAGGGCCAAAUCCUCGAGCUUGCCAAUACCAACCAGGUGCAGCUGCCGAUCAACGAGGAGACCUGGCUGGUCACCAGUACACUCCGGAUCGAAGCCGUCAAGCUGUCGGACAUGGGCGCCUACCGCUGUGCAGUGUUUAUCGGGGAUGACAAGACAAUGUCCAUUGAAGGGCACGUUCAACUGGAAGGUCUUCCUCAUUUCUUGGUGGAACCUCAACACAUGUCUGUAGUGGCCAACGUCAGCCUGACUCUACACUGUGUUGCUCACGGGCCUCCCGAGCCAGUCCGGAUCAUCUGGCUGCAGGAUGGAGCCCCGCUAAACAAGCUGGACGAUGCCAUGGCUCUGUCUCCAUCCACCCUCAACCUCACAGGUCUCAACAAAACCAGCUCAUUCUCCUGCGAAGCUCACAAUCGCAAAGGUGUCGCGUCGUCAGGAUCCGGGGUCAUAAAGGUUCUUCCAUCCCAGCCCAAAGACGUUAAAGCCCUGGAGGUCAGCAACUCCAGCGUUAGUCUGUCAUGGUCACCGGGGUUUGCAGGAGUUUACGCCAUCAAUCACUGCACAGUUCAGGUCAAACCAUCAGGGUCUACAACCAAUCAUGUGAUCUACAACCAGAAUGUUAAUGUUAACGUUCCACCAGCCAGUCAUCUCAUCUCCAACCUAGAGCCGUUCAGCCAAUAUGACGCCAGAGUGGCCUGCCUGAGCAGCCAAGGAGUGUCUGAAUGGACACCAUGGGUGCCAGUCAGCACCAGUGAAGGAGUUCCAGAAGGUGCUCCUGUGAACAUCACUGCUGUGGUAAAUGGAACAGAGGUGCUGAUUAGCUGGGAUAAACCAAAUGGAAGAAUCAACGGAGAACUGCAGGGAUACAUGAUCGAGUACAAAACGCCGAAUGUGGAGCAGGUCAUGCUGGACAUGGUUAACGAUACAGAGCUCACUGUAAACCUGUCUGUCCCGCUAUCCAACAUCACAUUCAGGCUGUGCGCCUACACAGGCGCCGGACAAGGGCCCUGGACUCCCAUCCAAAUACUCUCCCUCACCCCUGCAGACAUUGGAGAUCCAUCUGCAAGUCGCAUGUCUUCUCCAGUAUUCUCUUGGCACUGGUGGUACGUCGUCAUGGCGAUAGGGGUAGCCAUAUCGCUGGCAGUGUUCAUGGCCAUUUACAUGGCAAAACUGAGACGGAAAGAGACACGGUUCGGUGAGGCGUUUGAGCCCAUGAUGGAAAGCGGUGAGCUGGUGGUCCGGUAUCGAGCCCGUCGCACCUACAGCCGACGCACCACCGAAGCCACACUGAAUUCGCUGGGCAUCAGCGACGAGCUUAAACAGAAGCUUCAAGACGUAAUGGUGGACCGACAUAAGCUAACGUUGGGGAAAACCCUCGGAGAAGGGGAGUUCGGCUCCGUCAUGGAAGGCUCGCUGACUCAGGAGGACUCUGUGCUGAAGGUGGCGGUGAAGACCAUGAAGAUUGCUAUCUGCACACGUACUGAGAUGGAGGACUUCCUGAGAGAAGCUGCGUGUAUGAAGGAGUUUGAUCAUCAGAACGUCAUGAGAUUACUGGGGGUGUGUUUGCAGACUGUAGAGAGUGAAGGAUUUCCAUCUCCUGUGGUCAUCCUACCCUACAUGAAACAUGGCGACCUGCACAGCUACCUGCUCUACUCCAGACUCGGAGAUUCUCCUGUGUACCUGCCAUCUCAGAUGCUGGUGAAGUUUAUGACCGAUAUUGCUCGAGGAAUGGAGUACCUGAGCAGCAAGAGCUUCAUCCACAGAGACCUGGCUGCUCGCAAUUGCAUGUUAAAUGAGAACAUGAAUGUGUGCGUUGCCGACUUUGGGCUCUCGAAGAAAAUUUACAACGGAGAUUAUUACCGACAGGGGCGCAUCUCGAAGAUGCCCGUCAAAUGGAUUGCGAUAGAAAGCCUGGCAGACCGAGUUUACACCACCAAGAGUGAUGUGUGGUCCUUUGGCGUCACCAUGUGGGAGAUUGCUACGCGUGGUCAGACUCCAUACCCCGGUGUGGAAAACAGUGAGAUCUACGACUACCUGAGACAGGGCAACCGCCUCAAACAGCCUCCAGACUGCCUGGACAGCAUAUACUCGCUGAUGUUCUCCUGCUGGCUUCUGAGCCCUAAAGACCGACCGAGCUUCCAGAUUUUGCGCUGUGAGCUGGAAAAAACCCUGGAUGAACUUCCCGACCCCCAGGACCCCAACGAGAUCCUCUACGUCAACAUGGAGGAGUCAUCCGGAGAGCUGGGGGCAGUCGGGGGCCGGGAGGCCAACUUCACAGGAGGUCUGUGCUCUCUGGGGGCCAUGAAGGGCACAGAAUCGGUAGCGACGGCCGAGAUUCACCAGCCGGGCCGCUACGUCAUCUGCCCUCAACACGAAAGCCAGCGCCUGCUCAGUGCAGAGUCGCUGGAGAGUCUGAAUCUCACGGGGUCGACACCAACGUUAUUACUUCAACCGUCUUCCAGAUCUACACCGGUGUCGGUUCCGGAGAUGCCCACGUCUGAGGAGAGAGAGGCGCCCGGGAGCAAGAGGAUAUUCUGGUAAUGAGAAUACCAGACUGAGACUGAGACUGAGAGAGACGGUGGACACUGGUACUGCAUCACCUGAUCUGUUGGGCUGACUUUGGUCAGAGGUUCUGUAUUUGUCCCUUCACGAGCAUUUAUUUACUUCUAUUUGUGGACACACAGACUCAUCUUGACUUUUCGUAGCUACAUUCUGAAAAUGAAGAAUUGUGUACUUGUAUCUCAGAAGUGGGCACCAACAUGCCCUUUUCUCAGGAGAGCAGGUGGCAAAAGAAUGACCUAUCAGUAAGCAACUGCAUAUGCCAUCCAACUACGUAUUAUCAGUUUGGUACUGAGCCCCGUUACUGACAUCCCGUGUUUAUACAAAAUAAUGGGACGCCACAAUGUAUUAACAUGUAGGAAUGACAUCCUAAUGCGUGGAACUAGAUAUGCAAAGAUGAUACAGGCUAGUUUGGGUGAAAUCCUGGAGCAUUAGCUUAUAUAAAUCUGGGCACACCUUCCAUGGACAGUCAUGUACAUGAAUCCCCCGAGAUGCCACACCUUACCUUAGAGGUUGAACUCUAGUUCCAUAGAAUCUGAGCUAGCUAAGUGCAUCAUUCCUGAUACACGAAGGGCAACGGGUACGGUAUAAAUUUACAGCUAUAUGUUGAGACAGAUCUGCCUGAAUGUGAAGCCAUUGAGCCAUUGAAUGAUGGGUAGCGAUGUGGAAAUGUAUCUCAGCUCCGCCAGCUUAUCACUGCCACUGUAGAACCUCUCGUUGGCGACAUUGUUCUUCCUUACAGACCAGCUACAAAUGUCUUCAAGCUCUAGUUUGACUCUUGAUGAAUUGAAUAUUAUGAAUACGUGUUUAAAAAAGGGAAAGUAAGGCGCCUGUGCGAAUGGAGGGAUGAAAAGUGGGAGGGGGGGUCACAUAGAGCUUAGCGUGUCUUUUACAGAUUGAGAUUUAUAAGCUUUCUCAACACGUUCCAGUCCAAUAUGUCCAUUCACAAAAACAGUAGGCCUAACACGUAUAACCAACAUGAAGCACUUCUGGCUUUCUGUAACAGCCGUCCAACAAAAAGUAAAAACAAGAAAAGUUUAUAUAGGGCGAAAGUAUGUGGACACCUGACCAUGAGCUUGCUGGACACACUAUAACAUCCUCUGUUCUUUUGGGAAGUCUAUUCCUCAAGAAUUGAGUACAACUCACUCCCUCACUUUCUUAACUGCUUAUCCAGUCAGGGUCGCGGAGGGUGCUGGAACCUAUCCUAGCUUUUCAAUGGGCGCAAGGCACACAGUAACACCCUGGACGGGGCGCCACAUACACACACGCAUUCACCUAUAGGGCGAUUCAGUGUCUCCAAUUAACCUGACUGCAUGUUUUUGGACUGUGGGAGGAAACCGGAGCUUCUGGAGGAAACCCAGACAUGGGGAGAACAUGCAAACUAGUACAACUACAGGAAUUUAGUAAAAAAAAAAAGCAUUUGGGUAAGAAGGCCUGGCUCCAGUUUAGAAUCCAGUUCAUCCCAAAGGUGUUCUGUUGGGGUAAAGUCUGAGCUCCGUUCAGGACGGAACACUUGAAUCCAGUAAUCAGAAGGGGUGUCCACAUACUUUUGGCCAUACAGUAUAAUUUGUGUUUAUAUAUUCGUGUAUAUAUUCGUUUAAAUUGCCCACUUUUGCAGACCAUGAUUUGUAAAUAGAUAGAUAGUUGUUUUCUGAAAUCAUUUGUUCUGGGAGUCCACCAGAUAAAUCAAACCCUUGGUACUAGUUUUUACAUGCACUAUUUAGCAAUAGACAAAAUAAAAACAGGUACUAGUUUUUGUUUUUUGUUUUUUAAAACAGGUCCCAUCUGUUCUGAUCUGAGACCAGUUUUAUGGUCUCUGGAACAGAUUAACAUGGGAAUGUGUUCCAAUUCAGCCUCAAUAUGGCGCUCAGCCUCGGUUCAGCAGGACCUUGACUCAAGCACAGUAUUAUUAUUCGUGUUUGUUGAUGUUUUUCUUUUUUUAAUGAAAUCUUUGCACUAAUCAUUUUCAACAUUCUUUCAUUCAUUGUUGUAUUUUUAUAUUCGUGUAUUAUCUGAUCUGUACUUUCAUUUACUCAGCUUCAUUCCUAGGAAAUUAUUAGCAUAAAGAAUGUGUAUGUCAUGGCAGGAACGUAUCAUCGUUUUAUUAACUGUGCGUCCGGGAAUAUUGAAUUGUGCCAUUUUAAUGCUAAAAUGAUAUUGAGUGGACUAUGGAAUUUAAACGGACCUCAAAAACAAGACCUGAAAAAAUUCAGUAUACGGGGCCGCUCAGGUGGCGCAGCGAUAAAAACACACAGGUCUCAGUAUCGAGUCUCAGCUCUGCCUGCCGGCUGGGCUGAGCAGCCACAUGAACAACGAUUGACCUGUUGUUCAUAUAGGGAUGGGAUAUUUAGCGGGACUCCAGGGACUCUCUCAUAACUGAUGCAACUACGACCUCUGCUGGCUGAUUGAUUGCGCCUGCACAGAGACGGGGAAAAAAGUGCGGAUCAGGGUGUGUCUCUCCGUACACAGUGCUAAUCCGCAGCUGAUUUUGUCUAGUGAAGGUGAGAAAAUGCAUACGGCUGCUGCCAACAUGUCGAAGGGGCCGUGUGUUAGCUUCGUUCUCCUUAAAUCAGAGCGGGGGCCGGCAUUAGUGGAGAGGAAGCAUGACGCAAUCGGGCAAUUGGACGCGCUAAAAGUUGGAGAAAAGGGGGAGAAAAUGCAUAAACAAAUUAAAUAUAUAAAUAUAAAAAUUCAAUAUACGACAGAAAAUUGUACAUUCAUUUCACAUAAAUUUUGUGGUACGAGUGUGUAAAUACAAUGGUACUUUGUUUAAGUCUGAUGUAUUGCCCAUGCCAUCCAUGUCCCUGUACCGUAUAUCAGUGUGUUCUUUUUUUGAAUGUCAACACCUGCAUAUUACAUGUCAUUUGUAAUGCAUAUCAAAAUACUUUGCCAGUGUUGGACUUUCAAAACCUAGAUCUAAGGUUUUACUUAAAUAAUAAGCUGGAAAAAAUGUUACACAUAGAUUCACAUGUAAUCCACACUGUGAUCCGAAGUGCCUUGGGAAAGCCAGUACUGUGCCUCAAGAUGCCUGUUUUUGUACUUGUAAUAUGUAGCAUUAGCUCUAUAUGUGUAGAUAACAUCAAUAUCAAUGUUGCUGUUAUGUUUUUUGCUAUAUUUUGAUACUCUUUCAUAUGAAUUAAAUGCUAUCUGCAAAAAUACACUUUUACAAUGCCUUAAA